AUGGAGUCCCUCUUCAUCAAAGUUGUGUGUCUCGGUUUCUUCAUCACUUGUAUUACGGUGAGUUUUCAUUUCAUUUUCAAUGCUAAAAGGGAUAACAUGUAUUUCGCAGGUUUGGUACGAAGAAGUUAUAGACUACGUGCAACUAAAAGCCUAUGGUAAUCCCUACUGGUUGAAUGUUUCGCAACUGAAUGCGGAAUGCAGCUGUGCUGGAGGCAAAACAAGGAAUUGUUAUCCAAAUGUCGAUGACUCAGCUCUCUGUGGCAAGUGUUUCGCAACAUGCCAUCAAUUCAAAACGGAGCUCCCGGAAAAAGAAGAAGAGAAAAGGUUAGUUCGAAGGACUAAAAUGUGAAAAUGUAGACGCAAGACGAUAAAAUAUAUCAAAAUGGAAUAAAAUGACGUGACAAUUGAUUCAACAAUUAAAACCUGAUGAGUCGUUGAAAGACCGGGCACCUGCUCCCUCCGUUUCGUCCGUUUCUCUGCACGACAACUGACCAUAGCGCUUUGUGAAACACUCUAAAACGCUUUGAUCGGCCCGUCGUCACUGAAAAUACUUUAAUUUCUGCAAUUAUAAGAUUUUUCCCAAUUAUUUCGCUCCCUUUUGCUAACUAGCCACUUUGGUUUGCAAAACUUCGUACCCAGAGGAGAACUGCAAAACGUAACUGUUUGGUCUAUCAUCUUUUCCGGUCACUUGACACAAAAUAUUUUCGAAAACCAGACUUUUCAUAUCUGUAGCCACGUGCGGACGUAAUCGUAACAUGUGAACCUCAAACUAUAUGAAGAAUGAUCUCGUUUUACAUACGGUCGCAAAAAGACAACAAUCGCACCAUGUUGCGCGAUCUUUAGAAAAUGUAAUCUAGUCACGAUGAUUCAAGUCUAAAAUAACAUCCAUUCAUCAUAAUUUAUUUCAGGUCCGACGAUCUCGUGUUUGGACUGUCUGCCACCCUUCAUGACGUCAGUCGGCUCCUCGUGCUCAUCGCUUCGAUCCAUCGGAACUUUCCGACAACGAAACUGAUUAUCUUCGACCGGGAAAAUGGGGUUUGUCUGAAUUCCCACGUCCCUCGACUCUAGCAAGUCGAGGUCAUUCUUUGUUAAAGAAACCGGCAAACCCAGUUAGUUAAUUUCGUUGAAACGAAAUUCUGACGGGCAAUCUCAUAUGAUACAUGAGAGAUCUGCGGGAGAAAAUUGGGACUUGUUAUCAAGAAGGAUCUUGUGAACAGAGAAAAACACAAUAUCAAAAUGUUAUCGAAAGAACAAAGUAUUUCAUUAGCAGAUCAAACAUCGAGUUUCAGACGGCGCUGGCACAUCAACUGAUUAGUAUCCGGAAUGUGGAAGUUGUGAAUAUGAAGAGUCAAGUGUCUGGGAAAGUUAUCAACAAUGUGUAUACACCGUUUUACCUUCAGGUAAUCGUUAUAACAAAAAAGAUAGAACUAACAUACCCAUUGUCGGAAAUUGAAAUCGAACGGGAUAAUCUUAAGAUCUUGAGUUUUAAGUACUGCGUAAAUCACAACACGUUUUCUUUAUUUCAUAGAUCUUCUCAUACUUACAUUCCUAGACCUUAUUGAUCCUCGGCCCUUUUUGGGGCGAAGCGAGUAAAAGUUGGAUCCCGUUGAUCAAAUGAUAUUGUAGAUCAAAUGGUAGAAAGAAACUAGCAUAAAUCAGGAUAGUGUGAUUCGUCCGAACAAGAUACGUCGUUUCGCUGACAAAAACUUUUCGAACCGUCGCAUCAACACAGAUCAUUACGGUUCAAGACCGCUUAUUUACUAGGAGCGCUGAUCCCUGACGUCGAUAUCAUUGUGAUCUACAGUGCUAGUCGGGGAGAACACACGUCACAAGUGUACUAGAGACCGAAAACGUUGUUCACACAUGGCCGUUGGGCACGUUCUUGAUUACAGGAAAUCCUCUCCGAUCAUCGAAACGUCCUCUGGCUGAGUCACGACUUGGAAAUUGUGAAUGCGAAGCUGAUGCAAGCGGGACCGUUCAGAAGGUCGUCGAAGCCUUCGAUCACGUACAUUUCACAUGAUAAACGCAGAAAAGUCACAUCCUCUGGUAGAAACCGCUCGUUCUCUGUGCGAUCACUAAAUGAAACAAUCCAUUACAGGCUGUCGUCCAUACUUCCCCUCCAAUUCAAUGAUAUCACAGUUCCCGAUCGCUGCGCUACUGAAAAAUGAGGCUAGAAAUUUGAUCAACUGGUGAGAUGCAGCUCAAAGAACAAUCAGUUUCUGUGUGACUCGUUGAAGUGAACAAAUCCCGAGACCACAAUUCUUGCAUCUACCUUUGGCGUAUGAUCUUAAGAACUGUAACGUUAGAGGACACAGUCAUUGAACACUUUUUUUCUUCUCUUCUCUUCAAAAGUCAUCGUCAAUCUUUUGAUUUUUUGAACACUAGCCAACGCAAUAACACGGGCGGGUGUGACGUUGUCCCAAAGUGUGCAUUUCAGGGUUGAACGAUGCGCGUUGACACCAGAAUGUUGGAAAUGUGAUACACUGUCAGGCGCUCCGGAGGAUUGCACAUGGAUGGUGUUACAGCAAGUCGCGUCAGAUGCCCACCAGUUCAGAGCCAUCGGGGAUACCAACGGCUCGAUGAACAGACAGUCUUGGGGACCUCCGGAAUGUGAUUUCUACUGUGCUCUGUAUUUGAUCGGCGUGACAGCAGUGGCUGUUGUCAGCUUUGGAGUGCUCGCUUUAGUGUUACUUAAGAAAUCAACCAAGAAAACAUCAUGA